AUGUCGAGCCUGUCCACGGAGUUCAUUGAUGCGUGUGCACGUCAACUGGGUGGCAAACGGUUGCAAGUCAAAUUUUCAUGGGAAGAUUCUCAAUUUGAGCAGUUUUUGUCAAAGAAGCCACGGCAGAUUUUGAUAGCACCUGACUGGAUUGACCUCCCAGACGAUGAUGCUGUUCGGAGAGACGCAAUUCCGAAACCAACGCGCUUGAACAAGUUCAAUGUCAAGCGCCACAUGUCCGAAGUGUCAUGGGUAGCUUCAGAGAACCAUCGUUUGAAUUUGGCUUUACAAUGUUGGAAGGUCAUUGUGUUGGACAGCACUUCCAAUACUGAUCUGGGUAAGCUUUUGAUGCAAUGCAUUGAACAUGGCAAGAGCGAUGACUACAUUUGGCAGGUCAUCAACGAUGCCUUCAGAGCUCAUUCACUGGAUGAUGCAGUGAAACUUGCAGCAGUUCAUUUGAAUGCAAAUCACUCUUUGAAUGUCAGAAAGCCAUACUUCAGUGCUUCUCUUUUUGACCUGGAAGCCAGUGAGAUGGAUGACGUUGAGUCGGGACCUCAUGAGUCAGAAUCAUUUCAGAUGUCUUGCAAUUUCCAUGAUGAAACCACUUUAGAUGAGUUGAAACGUCACACCUUGGAGACUGGUUUUGAGCAGACCUUUUCUUUUGAGUCUGGUGACGUGAGUGAUGUCAGCGAUGCAGCUGAAUCGGCAGAAUCAUCGACAGACUCAGACAGCCAGUCUGAUGACAUGGAACGUCAAGCAGUUUUGAACGGCGAGAAGAACGCCAAAGACUUGGUUCCACCCUCAGAUUUGGCAGGCAAAACUUGUUUCAAACAUGUCAAGUCACACAAGCUUCAUUUUGUUGAGCGCUGCAAAGAUGGUGUGAUGAUUUUUAGAUGUGGCCGUAGAUGCAAUGACAAUUAUGUGAAGUUGGCAACAGUGCCAGCGUUUGCAGCACGUGGCUGCAUGACUUGCUUUGGGUGGAGCGACAAGAUUGAUGACGAAGUUGGCAGCCCAGAUGAAUGA